AUGUUGUCGCAAAACCAACCUGAUGUCAACACUCUGUUGCAUGGCAUGCAUACACAGAUUGCGGCGUUAACCUCGCAACUUGCCGAGCUCCAGGAAAACCCCCCUGCAGCAACCCCCUCGGUUGAGAAGAAGUUUAACAACAAGGUCAAAGUCGUUGCUGACCCCGGUGCCUUCGAAGGAGACAGGGUGCAAUUUGCCGAAUGGUGUAUCAAGCUCCAAAUUUGGAUCAAAGCAAAUUGGGACACAUUUACCGACAACUUUGAGGAGUGCUACACCGCGGGAUUGUGGCCUGUCUGGGAUGAUCUCAAAGCUGAGAUUAAAAAAUAUUUUAAACCGCAAGCUGAGUGUGACUGGGUGCGUCAGCAAAUCUGUUCCUUUAAACAAGGAAACAUGAGGACAGAUAAAUUUGUAACCUGGUUCCUGGCCAUCUCCAUCCAAGGGGGUUUAGGUAAUGAAUAUGCAGUGGAGCUACUAGAACACAAUGUGAACCCCCACAUUGCAGAACAGCUCUAUCUACAAGAUAUGAGGAGCAAGAACCUCUCUGAAGCAGCAGAGAGGAGCCCUGGGUCAACAAACCAAACUAAAAGUCACUCUUGCGGGUUCCAACCAUUCGGGUUGCAACCAAGGCAGGGAGCCGCAAUGGAUAUUGGCGCAGUCCAAGGCGGACAGAGGUGCGGAUUCAACUGCUACAAUUGUGGGGAGGAGGGGCACGUAGCCCAAAAGUGUCCAAAUGGAGUGCAGGCCGCCCAACAAAAAAAUAACCAAGGACGCCAGGCGCGCCAAUUAGAAGCAGAAAAACUGGACGAUUGGCUCAAUUUUUUGGCCGGUCGUUCUUACAACAAGAUCUGA